AUGCAAACAUACACUGAUCAGAAGAUAAUAACAAUUCAGCAAGAAGUUGUUCAAAUCAAAGAUGUAUAUAAACCUUUGUUAACGAUGAAUGAUUUGAAAAAUAAUUCAUAUAUAUCUGAACCAACUAUCUUACAGAUUAUUAAAUCGACUAAAAGUGAUCAUUAUCAAGUAGUAUGCUUAAAACCUAUUCCAUUUGGUGCUAUACUGGGUCCGUUUUGCAUAAACGAAGGCAUACAACAAAGUGGAGUGAACCAUGUAAAGAAUGCAUACAAAAGUUCAAAAUUACUUUCAAUCAGUGAUACAUACACAACAGUGGUGGAUAGUUCACUUAUCAAUUCUACAGAAAAUACAACAAUAUUAUGGAUGACGUUAGUUCGUGAUGUUUCAGUCAUGAAUCUUGAAACACAGCAAAUUGUUUCAGAGAAUACAAAGAAUUCUUUAAAAUCUAAUAUAGUAAUAAUAUCUCUAUUGGAUAGUCAUAACAAUCACAUUUCAUUACAAAAUAAUAACAAUAAUAAUUCAAAGGAUUUACACUUGGCUAACAUAUCCAGUGAACAGAAUAGUAGAAGGAUACUUUACUUCAAAACUCAAAGAUGUAUCAAUUUUGGCGAAGAACUUUUAUUAAGUGAAAGGAAUCCUCUAUAUAACAUGCAUCUACUCAAUAACGUGAGUGUAAAAUCAGUACAUUCCACAGGGAAUUCACCAUAUAUGAAUUCAUCUACCAAAAAGUGUAUUGAAAGAAAUCUACCUGUGAAUUCAAAUCUAAAUAAUCGUGACGUUUUUCAGAAUUAUACACACAUAGACAAAAGACAAAUAAGCAACACUAACAUACGAAAUUAUAUGAAUAAUGGGAUACUUCAAUCUUACCGAAGUUCCUUACAAAAUGAUAUUAGACUUCAACAAAUAAAUCAGCAACAACGAAUGAAGAAUUAUACAGAGUUGAACCAUCUAUAUGAACCUAUGAAGAAUCCAUUGGAUAAGUUAUGGAAUAAUAUUUCGAAGUUAUCUGGAAAAGGAUAUAAAAAACACAAGAAUGCAUUAUAUUUUGACGAAUCAAUGAAAUCAGCAUUUUCAUGUGUUCAGUCAAAAGUGGAUUCGGAUCAAUCUAUUUUACCUACAACUCAGUCAAUCACUGCAAUAAAUCAUGUAAUAGAUUAUUCAAAUGAUAUUCAAUCAUUUAAACAAACAGAGAAUAUUGUUAAAGGACAAGUAAAAUCUGAUCGUAUGACUGAAACAAGCCCAGCUCGUGAAGGCUAUACAUGUGAUCGUUGUGGAAAAAUGUUCGCCUAUCAAUAUUAUCGUGAUAAACACUUGAAGUAUACAAGAUGUAUGGAUCAAGGAGACAGGAAAUAUCCUUGUAAACUUUGUUCUCGAUCUUUUGAAAAACGUGAUCGACUACGUAUACAUGUAUUACAUGUUCACGAAAAACACAGACCACAUAAAUGUCAUCUAUGUGGAAAAAAUUUCAGUCAGUCAUCUAGUUUAAAUAAACAUUUACGUGUACACAGUGGUGAACGACCUUAUAAAUGUUGUUAUUGUAAUAAAGCAUUUACAGCCAGUAGUAUUCUACGAACACAUAUUCGACAACAUUCAGGAGAGAAACCAUUCAAAUGUAAAUUCUGUUGGAAACCAUUUGCUUCACAUGCUGCACAUGAUAGUCAUGUUCGAAGAACUCAUGCUUUGGAGACUAGGAUUAUGAAUGAAAAUCAAAUUUCUCAAAUGAAUAGUUCAUAUGAAACACAAUUCAAUAAUAGUUCAACAAAAUCAAAUGCUGAAUUAAAUGUUCAAUUGAACGGACUACCAAAUCAGUAA